UUCGCUCGUGGCGGUGGUGGUCAGCGCAGCGCACGCACUUGGUUGUCUGACGAAGCUCGUGCCGCACAAGAAUUCCUCGUCGUGCGAAACUCGAUGAAACGGCAGUUCAGGAACGCCGAGGUCGCCAAGUGGAAGGUUUCUGACUACAUCGCGCACCGCGAGGCAGUCACGGCGUCCGCGGCUAAGAAGCUUGCGCAGCAGGCUCAAAGUAAGGAAGACGAGGCCAACUUCCAAGUCCCACCGAUCUCGCCCCAACAGCAGGACACGAUGCAGCGCUGCGGCCUGCAGGGCAACUUCGAGCAGGUGGGCAACUACGGUCGAGCCCUCGGUGCGAAGACGAUCUGGUGUAAGGACUGGCAGGACGGUAAGGAUGAGAUUGCCCCAUGGCCAUGCCUAGCGGAGCUGAAGUGGGAGGGAGACGAUCGUGCGAAGACUGGCGUUGGCCGGUUCCCGCCUCUUCCCCGUGAGCAAGGUCCACCAGGGCUUUCGUGGAACCAGCUCCAAGCUGUCGAGCAGUAUCCGAUUGACCAGAUUGCGCGCAUCCCCACGAUGGAAGACGUCUAUCUUCCCGUCGACGAGAUCGACGAUGAGGUCAAGUACGAUCUCCUCAGCAAGGACCUCGAGGACGCCAUGGAUGCGUACCUCGAGUCUUGA